AUUCGAAAAUACUGCUAUUUUACAUUGUCGCUAAAAUACCAAUGUUGAGGAUCAGAGCCUUUCGAAGGCGAUGGUUUCUAGCUGUUUUUGCUGCCUGUUUUGUACUGUAUAUAAUUUAUGACAAUUUAGAUAAGACUCAUACAGAUUCUUCCAGUAUAUAUGAAGUGCAACAUACCUUGCUUAGACAAACAUUCCAGUGGCAGCCAAAAACACAAGAUGUAGAAAGUAAUUUAACAAGAACAAGUCGCUGUAGAAAUUCCGUCCAAGGUCGUCAGUAUUUAGUAGAUGAGAGAGGGUAUGUGUGUGAGAGAUCAGAUUUGACAAGUGGUGGAUGUUGUGACAAAACAACAACCAAAACAACAAGAUAUAACUGUACUACCUGUAAAACUAACAGUUGCUGUACAAUAUAUGAAUAUUGCGUGUCCUGUUGUCUUCAGCCAGACAAGCAACCAGUUCUACAGAGAAUUCUACAACAAGCCAGGAAUAGUGUUGAUAAAUUGUUUGUAGCUGUCUCAGACCAGUUUGAACUCUGCCUCGCUAAAUGUAGAACCUCUUCCAAGAGUGUACAGCAUGAAAAUUCCUACCGUGACCCUCGAGCCAAAUACUGUUAUGGAGAAGACCCUCCCGAUCUACAAAUGGUGGUCACAUGACCAUCACAUGACAUGUCACAUGAUCUCAAAUCCAUAAAAAUGGAAAAU